GGUUACUGGCAGCUGGGCAACAGGAUCGCUUCCCUGAAGUUGCGCACGUCCAAUGGCAGAUUCACCAUUUGCACCGCGUAUGCGCCCCACAACGAGAAGCCGACAGAAGAGAAGGUCUGCUUUUAUGACGUCUUGCACAAUCACGCCACACGCAUCCGUGGUUGUGGUUCGCGUGUGUUCUUCGGCGAUUGGAACGCCCGGCUUGGUCGCAGACGGGCUGGGGAGGAAGACGUCACGGGCGAGUGCAGUUUUGGAAGGGAGGCAAUCGAGCAGGUUGAGCUUCCGAAUAGGGACUUGCGCGUUGAUUUUUGCAUGACUUUCGACCUUGUGGUGGCAAAUGCGCUGUUGGACCCCCCCGACAGCUUUAAGGCGACCUUCCGCGAGACAGGCGUUGCGCCGAGCUCGCCGGUAACGUGGGAGACCUUCAAACGCUUUGGAUUCGAUGACAAUGCCGGGCCGCCGAACAAACCGUGGAUCUCGCAGACAACGCUGUCCUUGCUCGCAGAGAAGCGGGAGGCUCGGCACGCCGGCAACUGGGCGGAGAAGGCCAUCCGCAAGCGCGCCAAAUUGUCGGCAAAGCGCGAUCGUGCGGCGUGGCUCGAAUCUCUGACAGCAGACGGCACUUGGAACUGCAUUAAAGAGAUCAAACAGAUCACC